AGCUCCUGGCUCCAAACGGGCUGUCAAUGUGUUAGGCUCGAAGGUCGUACCAUUUCUAUCUCUCUCUCUCCCUUCGCUGUUUUGAAGAAGGCUUCAGCUUUGUCUCGCUUUGCAGUCUUCGAUCAACGUCCCUUGAAACCUGCCUUCUGGUUCAGAUCUGGUUCUGAAUAGCCCCGAGCAAAGCGGUUUGAAGAAGGCUUCAGAGCUGGUUUUGAACAUCAUCCAGCUUGAUUUCAUCCCGGAGCUGCGAACCCUAGGAUUUACCCGGUAAUCCCCCUCAUGAUUUCUCAAACAGUCCGUUGAGUGGGAACGCAUUUACGGCACGCAAUCACAUUUAUACCCAUAUGCCCUUGUAGCUCCCGUCCCCCUAGCUUUUUUAUAUUUCACGACAGGGAGAGGAGAAAUUAUUUUCUACCAAACCUGAGAAAGCUCUCUGUCCAUUGCGCUCUCUCUCGUUCUCGUUUUCUUCUUCAAAAUCCACGAUAUCCAAGAUGGAAAGAGACCAACAUGAUGAAGUUAUGCAAGUAAAUGAAUCCACCAUGACUGGGCAGGACAACACCACUUUGAAUUUUCCUAUGUUAAAUGUACAUUCUGAAAGCAACCUAGAUGAAGUAGUGAGGAAUCUGCAAAAUGCCAAUUGCGUUUAUAGACAAGAUGUUGUAAGGAGCAAAAGUAGUGGUAUGUUUGGCAUUGUGACGGAAGUUCCAGGUGAUUCAGACUCAGAGUCUGAAAGCAGCAUAACUGAUGAUGAAGAUGAGGAUGACGAGGAUGAUAAUGAUGGGGAUGGAUUUCGCGAGGAAGGUGGCAACCAUGACAAUGAUAAUGCUAAUGGGAGCGAUAAUAACAGAAGUGGUGGCAGUUGGAAUAGCAACUCUCUUCCCCCUGACCAGAUUCGAGUGCUUUGGAUGGAUCAGUCUGAGACAACACAAAAUCUUUGUGAGGUAAUGGUUGUUGAUCGGGGAUUCUUACAUGGGGAUUUUGUGGCUGCAGCUUCAGAUCCAACUGGUCAAGUUGGUGUUGUUGUUGAUGUCCAUAUUUCAGUUGAUUUGCUAACCACUGAUGGGUCUAUUAUAAAAGGUGUAUCAUCCAGAGACUUGAAACGUGUAAGAGAUUUUGCUGUGGGUGAUAAUGUAGUACUUGGCCCUUGGCUAGGCAGAAUUGAUGAUGUUCUAGAUAAUGUGACGGUGUUGUUUGAUGAUGGCUCUGUGUGCAAAGUUGUGAAAGCUGACCCACUUCGUCUCAAACCAGUGGGCAAGCAGACUCUUGAAGAUGGCCACUUCCCUUAUUAUCCUGGGCAGCGUGUGAAGGCAACCUCUUCAUCAGUUUUCAAAAAUUCAAGGUGGCUAUCUGGUUUGUGGAAACCCAACCGGUUGGAAGGAACUGUAACUAAAGUUACAGUAGGGUCUGUAUUUAUAUAUUGGAUAGCAUCUGCAGGGUAUGGACCUGAUUCAUCUACUACCCCGGCUGAAGAGCAGAGUCCCAAGAACUUAAAAAUAUUGUCUUGCUUUGAGCAUGCAAAUUGGCAAUUAGGUGAUUGGUCUCUUCUUCAUACACCUGCAAUGUCUUCUCUCCUGGAAAAGAAUUUAUCAAAUCUUGAACUCCAUGAUUCUACCAAAGGUGAAUUAGAAUCUGCUCAAAUGGGUCAUGAAUGUGAGUCAGAUAUGGUUGUUUCAGAGGAAUCAAAUGGAGUAAGUGAGACCGUGGACAUGGAUGUGGAUGGUCCCUCUGAAAGAACUAGUGGAAAUGUAGAUGGUAAUUCUUCACGAGCAUCCAGUUCGUGUAGUAGUUCACUGUCAGUUUCAAAGGAGCCUGUCCAUGAAACUUGGCCCCUUCAUCGCAAAAAGAUUCGAAAAGUUGUGGUUAGGAAAGAUAGGAAGGCUAGGAAGAAAGAGGAAACUUUUGAAAGGGCUCUUCUUAUUGUCAAUACGAAGACAAGUGUUGAUGUAGCAUGGCAGGAUGGAACAAGAGAAUGCCAACUGGACUCAACUACUUUGAUUCCUGUGGAUAGUCCUGGUGAUCAUGAAUUUUUUGCAGAACAGUAUGUGGUGGAGAAGGCCACGGAUGACAACAAUGAUGGUUGUGAAGUUAGGCGAGUUGGGGUUGUGAAAAGUGUUAAUGGAAAAGAGCGGACAGCUUGCGUCAGGUGGUUAAAGCCAGUUGCCCGGGCUGAAGAUCCUCGAGAGUUCGAGGAGGAGGAAGUGGUGAGUGUUUAUGAGCUUGAGGGGCACCCUGACUAUGAUUAUUGUUAUGGGGAUGUAGUUGUUCGGUUGUCACCUGUUACCAUAACUUCAAACAUGUCCAUUGGAGAUUCUGUUGAGGAAGAGAAGCAGCUGGCUUGUCCAAAUCCUGUUAAGCGAGAUUCUAAAAAGCGCUCAGGAAGUAAGAAACUGGAAAGUUCAUCUACCAAGGAAGCUUGUGCCAACUUCUCAGAUCUUUCUUGGGUUGGGAAUAUUACUGGUCUCCAAAAUGGUGAUAUUGAAGUUACAUGGGCUGAUGGGAUGGUUUCAAUGGUUGGCCCUCAAGCAAUUUAUGUUGUUGGUCGUGAUGAUGACGAGUCAAUUGCUGCUGGAAGUGAAGUUAGUGAUGAUGCUGUUAGCUGGGAAACUGUUGAUGAUGGUGAAAUGGAUGCCCUUGAGAAUGCAGACGAGGAAAAUGGGCUGGAAAAUGUUGAAGACAUCAGUCCUAAGUCAGAAGAGAGCACAAUGAUUGGAGAAAAUUCCGGAAGUAAUGGACCUCUUUCUCUUCCCCUUGCAGCACUUGGAUUUGUGACACGUCUAGCUACUGGAAUAUUCUCACGAGGAAAAAAACAGACAGAUGUAUUUUAUUUGGACUCUGUUGAAGAGAAUGACCUUCAGUCUCAAGGGACAGAUAACUCUGCCUUCAGAAGUGAUCCUUUUGAACAGUCUAGCUCUCUAACAUAUAAUCCUGGUGAUAAUUCUGGUGUGCAAACUGCUCAUGGAAAAGGAGAUGAAGGUGUUGACACCAAAGAUUUAUUGGAGGCAGCAGAAGCUCUUUGUAGUUUGAAGCCUGAAACACAGCACGGGUCUUCACAGAAUGAGGAUGAUAUUCCCAGUUUCAAAGGCUUUGAUAUUGCAAAAGAUCCUUCUGACCAUUAUUUUCUUGGUGCAAAUGGGCAGAAUAAUGCUGGAAGGAAAUGGCUGAAGAAAGUUCAACAAGAUUGGAGCAUCCUUCAGAACAACCUGCCUGAGGGGAUUUAUGUACGAGUUUAUGAAGAUCGAAUGGAUCUGUUGAGGGCUGUGAUAGUUGGAGCAUAUGGGACGCCUUACCAGGAUGGGCUUUUCUUUUUUGAUUUUCACCUUCCACCUGAGUACCCUGAUGUUCCUCCGUCAGCUUAUUAUCACUCUGGAGGGUGGCGAAUAAACCCAAACUUAUAUGAGGAAGGCAAAGUGUGCCUUAGUCUUUUAAAUACCUGGACUGGCAAAGGAAAUGAAGUCUGGGAUCCAUCAUCCUCCAGCAUCCUUCAAGUUCUGGUUUCACUGCAGGGGCUAGUACUAAAUUCCAAUCCAUAUUUUAAUGAAGCUGGGUAUGAUAAGCAAGUUGGGACAGCUGAGGGAGAAAAAAAUUCAUUGUCUUACAAUGAGAAUACAUUCUUGCUGAACUGCAAGACAAUGAUGUAUCUAAUGAGAAAGCCACCAAAGGACUUUGAAGAGCUUGUUGAAGAUCAUUUCAGGAUGCGCGGUUAUUACAUCCUCAAGGCCUGUGAUGCAUAUAUGAAAGGCUACUUAAUAGGCUCUUUGACAAACGAUGCCUCGUUAAGUGAAAAAAGCAGUGCAAAUGCAAAUUCAGUAGGUUUCAAGCUAAUGUUGUCCAAGAUUUUGCCAAAGCUUUUCUUGGCACUUGAUGAAGUUGGAGCUGGUUGUAAUGCGUUUAAGCAUCUACAGCAGUCCUAGCACAUCAUAGAUGGGCUAAUCUCAUUGCUGCUUCAAUGGGCAAACGAGGUAAGCAUAUUUCUUUUUAUGCUAUUAUUUGAGAUAUUCCCAAUCCCUUCAAUGUAAAAGCUGUAGAUGCUCUAGGAUUGUUUCAUAUUUUUUCUUGGAUGGGAAACAUUCUUUUCUCAUGUUUGAAAAACAAGGCAGCCUGAACUGUAAGAGCAAAGAUGAAAUGGUCUACUGAAUAUGCCUGCCAUGUGAAAAGUUUUGUCAGGUAAGAAGGAAAGAUGGGUAUAAGUAAAUACCCUGAAUUUGCCUGCUCUUGUUGUAUUUACCAUUUACACUUGUGUUUCUAUAUUUUCCUCUCCCUCGGGGGAUGAGGGGGCAGUUAGGUUUUGGAUUAACUGUCCAAUUUACUUUUAUUGAGAAGUGAAAAAUAAACUUCGCUGUCACAAUUCUAUACUUUUUGACAACUUCUUGUAUAUUAACAUAAACUUUGUAAAGCACUUGCUUUAUCACAACUGUUCCGUUUUAACAGAUACCA